UCCUCUAAGCAUCCACUCUCCUUUGUCUUCACCAGUUCUCCCCAACCCUAUAAAACCCACCUCCUCAAACCCUCAUCCUCCACUUCAACCACCACCACCACCAGUACUACUACCACCUUCUCUCCUCCCUCAAAACUUCAUAUAUCUUUUUCCGACAUGGCUGCUUCUUCAAUAUUCAUGGUAGUCCCCAUCACAGUUUUCAAGAGAAAUCCCACAUUCUCCAUCAGGUGCAUGGCACAGACACCACAAAGUGGUGAAACCGGGAGUUCCAAACAAGCAACCACACCAAAUAUGACCAGUACUCCUCCACCGCCUGCACCGAAGGUCAGCUCGAAGUUCUCUGAUGUAUUGGCGUUCAGCGGACCGGCACCGGAGAGGAUAAACGGUAGGUUGGCGAUGAUCGGGUUUGUGUCGGCGAUGGCGGUAGAAGUGAGCAGCGGUCAAGACGUGUUUGCCCAGAUCGGCAAUGGCGGAGUGGCGGUGUUUGUCGGCACUAGCAUGGUGUUGACGUUAGCGUCGUUGGUGCCGUUGUUUAAAGGAGUGAGUGUGCAGUCGAAGUCGAGUGGACUGAUGACGUCAGAUGCAGAGCUUUGGAAUGGACGGGUUGCGAUGUUGGGGCUGGUGGCUUUGGCUUUCACUGAAUAUGUUAAAGGCAGUGCUCUUGUCUAGAUAAUGUAUUCCAAAAUCCAAACUUUUCUAUUACAUAAUUAAAUAUAAAACAGGAAAAUGUAUAUUCUUUUGAA